AUGGAAGAGGGCUUCAGAGACCGAGCAGCUUUCAUCCGCGGGGCCAAAGACAUUGCCAAGGAAGUCAAGAAGCAUGCAGCCAAGAAGGUGGUGAAGGGCCUGGACAGGGUCCAGGACGAAUAUUCCCGGAGAUCCUACUCCCGCUUUGAGGAGGAGGACGAUGAUGACGACUUCCCUGCCCCUGCUGAUGGCUAUUACCGCGGGGAAGGGGCCCAGGAUGAGGAGGAAGGCGGCGCAUCUAGCGAUGCCACGGAGGGCCACGACGAGGAUGAUGAGAUCUACGAGGGGGAAUAUCAGGGCAUCCCCCGGGCAGAGUCUGGGGGCAAAGGCGAGCGGAUGGCAGAUGGGGCGCCCCUGGCUGGAGUGAGGGGGGGCUUGGGUGAUGGGGAGGGUCCCCAGGCGGGGCGGGGAGAAGCGCAGCGGCGGAAAGAACGGGAGGAGCUAGCGCAGCAGUAUGAAGCCAUCCUUCGGGAGUGCGGCCACGGCCGCUUCCAGUGGACCCUCUACUUCGUGCUCGGUCUGGCUCUGAUGGCCGACGGCGUCGAGGUCUUUGUGGUGGGGUUCGUGCUGCCCAGUGCCGAGAAAGACAUGUGCCUGUCUGACUCCAACAAAGGCAUGCUGGGCCUCAUUGUCUACCUGGGCAUGAUGGUGGGAGCCUUCCUCUGGGGAGGGCUGGCUGAUCGGCUGGGUCGAAGACAGUGUCUGCUCAUCUCACUCUCAGUCAACAGUGUCUUCGCCUUUUUCUCAUCUUUCGUCCAGGGUUAUGGCACUUUCCUUUUCUGCCGUCUCCUUUCUGGGGUCGGGAUCGGAGGGUCCAUCCCCAUCGUCUUCUCCUAUUUCUCGGAGUUUCUGGCACAGGAGAAACGUGGGGAGCAUUUGAGCUGGCUCUGCAUGUUUUGGAUGAUUGGUGGAGUGUACGCAGCUGCUAUGGCCUGGGCCAUCAUCCCCCACUAUGGAUGGAGCUUUCAGAUGGGGUCUGCUUACCAGUUCCACAGCUGGAGGGUCUUUGUCCUCGUCUGCGCUUUCCCUUCUGUGUUUGCCAUUGGGGCUCUGACCACACAGCCUGAAAGCCCCCGUUUCUUCCUGGAGAAUGGGAAGCAUGAUGAGGCCUGGAUGGUACUGAAGCAGGUCCAUGACACCAACAUGCGCGCCAAGGGGCAUCCUGAGCGAGUCUUCUCGGUAACCCACAUUAAGACAAUUCAUCAGGAGGAUGAGUUGAUUGAGAUCCAGUCAGACACAGGGACCUGGUACCAGCGCUGGGGGGUCCGGGCCUUGAGCCUCGGAGGGCAGGUCUGGGGGAAUUUCCUCUCUUGUUUUGGCCCAGAAUACCGCCGCAUCACUCUGAUGAUGAUGGGUGUGUGGUUCACUAUGUCAUUCAGCUACUAUGGCCUGACUGUCUGGUUUCCCGACAUGAUCCGCCAUCUCCAAGCGGUGGACUAUGCAGCCCGCACCAAAGUGUUUCCUGGGGAACGCGUGGAACAUGUGACUUUUAACUUCACCUUGGAGAAUCAGAUCCACCGAGGGGGACAGUACUUCAAUGACAAGUUCAUUGGGCUACGUCUGAAGUCAGUGUCUUUUGAGGACUCCCUGUUUGAGGAGUGUUACUUCGAGGAUGUCACAUCCAGCAACACAUUUUUCCGCAACUGCACAUUUAUCAACACCGUGUUCUAUAACACUGACCUGUUUGAGUACAAGUUUGUGAACAGCCGUCUGGUGAAUAGCACAUUCCUGCACAACAAAGAGGGCUGCCCCCUGGACGUGACGGGGACGGGUGAAGGCGCCUACAUGGUGUAUUUUGUCAGCUUCUUGGGGACGCUGGCUGUGCUUCCUGGGAACAUUGUGUCCGCUCUGCUCAUGGACAAGAUUGGCAGGCUCCGAAUGCUUGCUGGCUCCAGCGUGAUGUCCUGUGUCUCCUGCUUCUUCCUGUCUUUCGGGAACAGUGAGUCCGCCAUGAUUGCUCUGCUCUGCCUUUUCGGGGGGGUCAGCAUCGCAUCCUGGAACGCGCUGGACGUGUUGACUGUUGAACUCUACCCCUCGGACAAGAGGACCACAGCCUUCGGCUUCCUGAAUGCCCUGUGUAAGUUGGCAGCUGUGCUGGGGAUCAGCAUCUUCACGUCCUUUGUGGGAAUCACCAAGGCUGCCCCCAUCCUCUUUGCCUCAGCUGCCCUUGCCCUCGGGAGUUCUCUGGCCCUGAAGCUGCCCGAGACCCGGGGGCAGGUGCUGCAGUGA